AUGGCAGGGCUCCUCUGUAAGAGGCGCAAAAAAGGAGUGAGUGACCUCCAAGAAGAAGGUAAAAAUGCUAUCAAUGCACCAAUGAACCCAAGCACUGUGGACAUCCAUCCAGAAGACACACUAUUAGAGGAGAAUGAGGAACGCACUAUGAUUGAUCCUAACUCAAAAGAAGACCCCAAGUUCAAAGAACUGAUCAAGGUUCUAAUUGACUGGAUUAAUGAUGUGCUGGUGGAAGAGAGAAUCAUUGUCAAACAGCUGGAAGAGGACCUUUAUGAUGGGCAGGUGCUGCAAAAGCUGCUAGAAAAAUUGGCUGACCGUAAACUGAACGUGGCAGAAGUGACGCAAUCUGAAAUUGGUCAGAAACAAAAGUUGCAGACAGUCCUGGAAGCUGUCCAUGAUUUACUCCGACCCCAUGGCUGGACAAUCAAGUGGAACGUUGACUCAAUCCAUGGCAAGAAUCUGAUUUCCAUUCUUCACCUUCUGGUAGCUUUGGCAAUGCAUUUCCGGGCUCCCAUUCGACUACCUGAACAUGUGUCUGUACAAGUGGUAGUUGUGCGG